AGUCUGAGAGACUCAGGCUUGGGUGUGAAGGCCAGAGCCAUCGAUCUAUCUCAUGGAGAACACUGGCAUGAUCAUGAGCUCCGUGAUCCGCGAGGUUGAGCACGCGGCUACUCUCACGAGGAAGCUCCAGUCCUACGUCGAGAUGGGCGACUACAGCGACUGGUUGAAGGGGUCAGUGAGGACUCUUUCGGAAGAGGUAAUGGAAAACUGCAAGUCUACCCUCUCCAAGCUGAUGCCAGCUGAAGGGAGCACAAAGAGAAAGCGAAGCUUCCCCUGCGCAACUGAUCGACUACAGCCUAGAGAUCUAAGAAGAAGCUUCGCAAGAAAAGAAGUCACGAACGCACCUUAUUACGAUGCCCAUCGAUGGAGAAAAUACGGCGAGAAGUUCAUCAAAGGAUCCGUCUUCAAAAAGAACUACUACAGAUGCACCUACAGUUUGGAUCGGAGGUGCCAAGCAAAGAAGCAGGUGCAACAGCAGGGCGCAUCUCUGUUUCUUGUGGUUUAUGAAGGAGAACACACUUGUAAUUCUACUUCAGGAACAACUAAUGAGAGGAGUCUGAGCUCUGCUGGACGGACCUUUAAUUUCCAAGCCGAAAGUGAACCUGAAAACGAGCCACCACUAAUUCACUUGGGUGAAAUGGAUAGUACUGUCGGUGAUCAGAACGCCAUUAAUGGAGGUCGAAGGUGUGAAAGCCCGCAGGGUUCGUUGGUCAUGCUCGAGCUUGGAGACCCCACAAUCUUUGACUCAUUUUCUGAACCGAUCGCCAACCAUUUUGCUAAUGACGAUAUUGUCCUGGAUAGAGACGUGUCAGCAACCUCGAUGGUUGAAUAUAUUCUAGAUGAAUAUAUAACAAUGUAAUUAAGGAGAAUAAUUAAUUAAUUGUUGAAAUAACUCUCAAGUAGUGCUCAAUGCAUUCUUCAUCACCAUGUUGGAUCC